GAGAGAGUGGAGGGCCUCGGGAGGGAGCCGCUGAGGUGCAGGUCGGAGAGGCCGGGCUACGUUGUGCCCCGCGCGUGAACAGCUGCAGCGGCAGAGGCAGCAUCCAACCGUGGUGCCAGCAGAUCCAGCCCGUUGCUUUACUUUUUUUGCUGCACCAAUAUAGUCAUUAUGCCGAAGAGAAAGUCCCCAGAGAAUACAGAGGGCAAAGAUGGAUCCAAAGUAACCAAACAGGAGCCCACGAGACGGUCUGCCAGAUUGUCAGCAAAACCUGCUCCACCAAAACCUGAACCUAAACCAAGAAAAGCAUCUGCUAAGAAAGAACCUGGAACAAAGAUUAGCAGAGGUGCUAAAGGAAAGAAGGAGGAAAAGCAGGAAGCUGGAAAGGAAGGUACUACACCAUCUGAAAAUGGUGAAACUAAAGCUGAAGAGGCACAGAAAACUGAAUCUGUAGAUAACGAGAGAGAAUGAAUUAUCAUGAAAAUUGGGGUUGAUUUUAUGUACCUCUUGAGACAACUUUUAAAAGCUAUUUUUACCAAGUAUUUUGUAAAUGCUAAUUUUUUAGGAGUCCACUAGUUGGCAUACAAAAUCUAUAAGGAUGGACAUUUUGCCCUCUCAUAGUACUUUUUGGAAAUCUCCAUCAUCCUCAAGCAAAAUAAAUAUCAAUUUAAUAUUGGAAGCUGUAUGUAAAAUUGACUCAGCAUUCCAUACAUUUGCUUUAAAAAACUUGGUCCUGUGCAUAUGUGGUGUUUUUACUGUGCGUAUUUAAAUUUUUCAUGCAGUUUUUCUAGAGCAAUAAUCAGUGGUGCUUUUGUACCUAGGUUUUAUGUGAUUUUAAUGAAACAUGGAUAGUUGUGGCCACCUGCUGUCUAUUUGUGGUUUAAAAUAAAAGGUUUUCUUGUCUGCAAA